UCAGGAGCAGCCAGUGGCGUUGCCGCUUUAAGACUUUGAUCAGCCCCAGAGACGCCACAUCCGGGCACUGUCGGUCGGGCUCAGGGGAGGGGGAACCGGGUAGAGAGUCGGGGAGAGACACCGGCCGCUGCCACCCAGAGCAAGACCAGCGAGUGUGUUGAACUAUCAUGCACAAUUGUAUCAAAGGGGUGGUUCACCUUUAAGCUUAAAGAUGUUGAGCUUUUUUCGGCGCACGCUGGGUCGCCGUUCCAUGCGACGGCAUGCCGAGAAGGAACGACUACGGGAAGCCCAGAGGGCAACGACUCACAUUCCAGCAGCUGGAGAUACGAGGUCCAUAAUCACAUGCAGAGUGUCCCUGCUGGAUGGGAGCGACGUCAGUGUGGAUUUACCAAAGAAAGCCGAGGGCCAGGAGCUAUUUGAGCAGAUCAUGUACCAUCUGGAUCUGAUAGAGAAGGAUUACUUUGGGCUGCAGUUCAUGGAUUCAGCACAAGUGCCUCACUGGCUGGAUAACACUAAAAGUAUCAAGAAACAAGUAAAGAUUGGGCCACCCUACUGCCUGCAUUUGCGGGUGAAGUUCUACUCUUCAGAACCCAAUAAUCUUAGAGAGGAGCUGACCCGGUAUCUCUUUGUGCUGCAGCUGAAACAAGACAUUCUCAGUGGCAAACUGGAUUGCUCCUUUGAUACAGCCGUGCAGUUAGCAGCUUACUCUUUGCAAGGGGAGCUGGGAGACUAUGACCCUGCAGAACACACCCCAGACCUGGUGUCGGAGUUCCGCUUUAUACCCACCCAGUCGGAGGAAUUUGAGUUUGCAGUGCUUGGGAAGUGGAAGGAUUUCAGGGGGCAAACUCCAGCUGAGGCUGAGACCAACUACCUGAACAAAGCCAAGUGGCUGGAGAUGUAUGGGGUCGAUAUGCACAUGGUGAAGGCUCGUGAUGACAAUGACUAUCAGCUUGGCCUCACUCCAACCGGUGUCCUGGUAUUUGAAGGGGAAACAAAGAUUGGCUUGUUCUUCUGGCCCAAAAUCACACGACUGGAUUUCAAGAAGAGCAAGCUGACUUUGGUGGUAGUAGAAGAUGAUGAGCAGGGCAAGGAGCAGGAGCACACAUUUGUAUUUAAAAUGGAUCACCCUAAAGCAUGCAAGCACCUGUGGAAAUGCGCUGUGGAACACCAUGCUUUCUUCCGUCUUCGCUCCCCCACCCAUAAAACCUCCAGUCGCUCUGGGUUCAUACGCCUGGGAUCGCGAUUCAGAUACAGUGGCAAGACAGAAUACCAAACCACGAAGAGCAGUAAACCACGUAGAUCGUCCUCUUUUGAGCGCAGACCCAGCAAACGCUACUCCCGCCGGACACUACAGAUGAGAGGUCAAGCCCAGAGGCCAGAAUUUACACGAUUUCAGAGGGAUCAGCCUGGCCAGAACAAAGGAUCACAGCAGGCUUGGCCCUCCAACCCCAGUGUCCCGCCCUCGGGAUCUGCCCUAUUGGAGAUACAGAACCUCACCAGAAGCCCCGGAGCAGGACAGGGAGAUCGAUGUUUUGUUGGAUUAGCCAACAGCAAGGACUUGCUUGAGAGCAACCUGGAUGAUGUCAUGACUGUGUCUCAGGGCCCUGCCCCUCUGCCUGAUGCCAUCACCAUGACGUUCACCAAUCCAGACGAGACUGUGUUGGAACUGGGCAAUCUGGCUUCAGGUACAGAGGAUGUGACUGUGAAACGGAAUAACCUAGAAGCUGACGCUGUGACCACACACCCAAUCUGGGCCAACAUGAAUAUCAAUGUGAAUAACCAGGAGGAGACUGUGAAGCUGCCGGAAAAGUUGCUGAAUAACUCGGUAGAAAGUGCAGGGCCUCCCCCUGUUUGGCUCACAACAGACAUAAAGAGCAAUAUCUUAAAGGCACAGGUGGAGGCUGGACAUAAGCUCACAAGGGAAGACCUGGAACUGGACGACAAGAAUAAAACACCCGAAGAAUCAUCUGCCAGGAGCAUCACUGUGAAAGUUAAUAACAACCUUUCAACUCCAUUGAGCUGGGAAAUGCCUCUCUUCAGGGACUCCCAGGACCCUAAAGCCAAUUUCUUCAUCAAAAAUGUUCUGAGUGCUGAGAGAGAAUCAUCCAGAAGUGAAUUCCCAGAGAUUCCCCCAUUCAUUACCCCCCCAGAGGAGGUGGUCGACAUUAAGAGUCCCACCGAGGACCUGGACAACCUCAUUGCAUCCCUGACCGAAAAUCUUAUUGACCUCACUGAUGUCCCCCCGAAGGUCCCCUCUUACACGACAGUCACCCCCCGGUGGUUAGUACCACAGAGCUCCGCUGUGUCCAAUGGACUUCUGGGUGGUGAGAUGACAACAAGCAAUGACCCAGAGAGGCUUCCUGCUCUCACCGACUCACUGGACUUAACAGCGACUCCAACAGGCAGUGUGAGCACCGGGGAUCCUGGGGGGCUUCCAAAGCCGAAAUGCCUGCUGACCACGGAGCUGUGAGUCCCACAACAAGACCUUGGCACACACUGGAAAUCCAAUAAACCCUAGAAAGAGACCUCUGGACCCAUAGUCUGCUGCAAUGGCUGAUCCUGCUUGAAAGGAGGCCAAGAGGUUUCAUGUGCAAUGGGCAAGAGGAUCAAGGCACAGUUGUACUUUUUUUACACUGGAGUAUUUUUAUUACCAGAACCCUUCGCACAUUUCCAAAGAUCUUGUCACAUUCCACUGAAGAGUCUCAACUGCCUUAUAACCUUAACGAGUUACUGGCCAGGAAUAUAUUGGGCGUCACUUUAUGUAAUGUUUAACGUCUGCAGGCGGGGUGAGGAUUCCACUCUAUGGAACAUUCCAGCAAAUAGAUGGGUAAAUCCUUUACCUCUCCCAACAUGGCAAUAUGUCUUUAAUUCAGUGUCAGUUCUGCCCCUUUAUGUUUAUCAGAAAUAUUGCAGGUUGGGAUCAGGGCAAAGCCAACUUUUGAUGAAUUAGGACUGUCCAAGGAAUUCCCCUUCAGCCCCCCGGAUUGGCCUUUUACUAAAGCCAUUGGCUUUUAGUAAGUCCUGGGAAAUGUUGGGCAACACUGAUAUAAAGUGGUACUGUCCUCUUCAUCAUGCCCAACUAUUCCCAAUUCUCACCAUGCUGCCCUACUGCCUCCAUCUUGCCCAACUAUCUCCAUGUUGAUGUUUGGUUAAUAAUUGUUAUUGUGCACAGAGAGCCUUAUUUAUGUGACUAUUUGUACUGUGAGCAGAUGCCCUCAUACUGUUUCCUCUGUGGUAGUGCACACCGUGCCAUUACUGUGAAAUAAUACUUACUUGGUGCCACAGAGCAGAAGCUUUUGAACAAAAUGGGGUUGAUUUACCAACAUAAGUGCAAAACUAUACCAGUGCUGUUACCAAAGUAACCCAUCAGCUGUUUGCUUUCAUUUUUUUAACGUGUAGCUGAAUAAUCUUAACAAAUUGCCCCUUGUUUUUGGGUAUAGGUAACUGCACUGGCACAGUCUUCUGCCCUUAUUGCUAAAUCAGUCCCAGAUAUGGGAAUAAGCUGAUAUGACUGUGUUACACCAGAAACUCUGCAAGUCCUGUAUAAGUGGUGGCUGUGCUGUAAGACACCGGGUCCCUCCGUAUAUUCUCUAUAAAAGAGCACAGCAGUGACACAUAGUAGGGAUUUUCUUUUACGACCGACCACAUUACUGUUUGGUGACUGAAUUAAGCAGCUGCUCUGCUAGGGACUGCGCCUUCUCUUACCCUGUGUGUAACAUUUUUGCAAAAGUGAUUAGGGCAUUAAUUAAUUGGGGCUAUUCAGUUUACCUUUAUAUGGGUGAAAUGGGAUAAGUGUAGGUGGAUCUAUUAAAGGCAGCAGCGCUCACUUGGGUGAAAUAUUUGAUUUUCGUGAUGCUCAUUAAAGGGACGGUUCUGACAGUUUUUUUGCUGCAUUCACAAACAUCAGUAUAUCAUUGGCGGCUUUAUCACUUGCAGUACCACUUCCUGCCAGUUUUGGUGGAAGAUAGAAUAGCACCAAAAACAUAUCAUUUGCAUAUAGGGGCAGCAGAUCUAUCUAUCACUAAUAGAUUGAGCGAGGGGCUCAAAUGAGACCCAGGAAAGUACAAAUAUUGGGGUUUUGUUGAGCUUGAAUGACUUCCCCCUAAGUCCCCUCUAUAAA